CGAGAAAAUAUUUCGACCGUUUCACCUUCUUCUUCUUCUUCUUCUUCUUCAUUUCUUCUUCUCCGUCUAUUCCACUCUGCGGACUCCCAUAAAAAAAUGACCCUUUAACCCCUUUCUCCCCGCCACCGCCGUUGAUCGGAAGAGAAGAUUGCAGAAGAACCAAAUCUCAACGCCUAUAAACUCUCUGUAAAAUGGGAAAUUUUCUCGGAUGCUUUGGUGGUAAAGACGAUUCUCGCAAGAGAAGAAAGCAGAGGAACGAUGUUGUUCCUCGAGACCAAAGACAUGGUUUCCAAGGUAUUCCGCAGAGUGCAAUUUCCAGGGAGAAAAGCUUCUUCACUGAACCACCUCCAGCUAACCUUGUCUUACAGAACACUACUGAGGAGAAAGUGAACUUAAGCACCAGAAAGCGAGUUACAUUCGACGAAAACAUCACAACAUAUGAACACAUUUCAGUUAAAGAAAGCACCGAAAGUUUGCCAGAGAAGCCAGUUGAAGCUGAAAAUGAAAAGCAAGAGGAGAAGCCAAACCGAUCCAGCUCUUCCACAGAAGGUGGUUAUGCUAUUCCCAGUGCAGAAACUUACCCUUCCAAUUACAGGUACCAGAACUGCAGGGACAGCGAUGAAGAAGAGGAAGAAGAAGAUGAUGAUGAUGAUGAAGAGUUUCACGACUCGUGUGAGGAAGAUGAGUAUUCUGAUGGUGAAGAUAGGGCACUAGCUCACGAAAUAUGUUCUGAACCAGUGGAUUCAUAUUCUGGUCAGAAGCAGUCCUUAGUAGAUCAUGGUGUGGAUGAUCGGAAAGGAUACAUUAGAGACAGAAGUGUUUAUGUUCAUCCCGUUCUUAACCCAGUGGAGAACAUUUCUCAGUGGAAAGCUUUGAAAUCAAAAGCAGCUCAGCCAGUUAUGAUGCCACAGAAGGAGAACUUGCCUGCUAAUAAACAAGACUUGCCCAGGGUUUCAUUCAGUUCAGAACCAAAGAGCAGUACUCAUAAAAACCAGCAGGAAGAAGAAAUUGCAGUUAAUGCCAGUCUUUCAAGUUGGCUCACUCCUCCUAGUACUCCCCCUGCAGAGAAGUCAGCUAAGAACGUUUUUGAAGACAGGCCGAUUUUAGGUGCUUUGACAGUUGAGGAGCUGAAACAGCAGAUUUCAUCUUCUCCAAGGCGAUCUCCCAGUCCGAGUCCUGUAGAUGUUCCCAUCAUAGGAACUGUUGGGACAUACUGGAAUUGCUCUGGUGGAUCUUUCAAGGAUGAUGAUAAUGGUUCUGUAUCUUCUUUCAAAGGAAUACCAAACACAACCAGCAAGUACAGAGAGGAUAAGAGAGUUAAUUGGCAUUCUACUCCGUUCCAGACAAGGCUGGAGAGAGCUUUAAACAGAGGUGCUGCAGAAGCUUAGAUUCUUCUGCACCUGUAGCUACAGUGUUGCCCCCUUCAUAUGAAUCUUGUGAUUACUAUUUCUUCUUUUUUUGAUUGCAAGUUCUUGAAUUUGUUUCUUGGCAAAUUUAAGGAUGGCUUGUGUGAAUUUGUGUGUAUGUUGUAAGCCUACUGCUACAUAUGGCGA